AUGGCCACCGUCUUCACGCAGGCGGCCUCCCCGCUCAAGCUCAACCUCCACGCACCCAAACCCGCGUCGCGCUUCGACGACCUCUCCUUCGACCCGAUGGACGCCUCGCCGCUGCCGGCGCGCGGCCUCGCCGCUGCCGGGCGCGGCACAAAAGUGAUCCUCACCGACCUCCGAAAGCACGACGACCUCAACGGAGAGGUCGGCUUCAUCGUCUUCAAGCCAGACGACCGCUUCGACGGCGAGCUCCGGUACCGCGUCCUCCUGCGCGACCACCCGGACAUCGUCUUCGCCAAGGGAUCAAACCUGCUCGUCGACACCGACGGGGACAUCACCUUCCGCCUCUCGCUCCUCGCAAGCCUGUCACCGAUCUGGGACGCCGCCUCCUUCGACCACGAGUCCGACAGCGCAGUAGUCGAACUUGCAAAGAUUCCCGAUGAGCAAGCGCUGGAGAACCGCUGCCUUUGGAAGAACAUCCUUCCGGUCAAGAUCAAGCGCAAGGUCAGCCUUCUCCUGGACGAGGGCCUUCUCUCGUGGCAGGACGUCCUCGAGGACGGCAACGUCUUCUGGGAGAUUGCGUACACCGACACCCCCGACUGGCCGGAGCCGGAGCGUGCGUCCCGCCAUUCCAACGCGUCACCACUCGCGCCCCCGCAGAGCCGCUCGCGCCGCCUCGGCCGCGAGCUGUACCCGCUGUACUUCCCCGACGAGCCGGAGGAGGCGCGCGCGGCGAUGGCCGUCAGGGCGAAGACGCUCUCCGACUACGAGGAGGAGCGCAAUCGGCAGGCACGCGUCUCGAUCACUGCGCCCGCCAAGCCCUCCCGCAAGGCGAAGGCGGCCAAGAAGGCGCCGACCGGCGGCAAGGCCAAGGCGGGCGGCGAGCGCAAGAAGAAGCGGGUCUCGACCCGCGGCGCCUCUGCGAGCAUCACCCCCGGCGGCCGCGGCUUCGUCAAGUGCCUCUUUGACGGCUGCGCGAAGCCGUGGACCAAGUGCACCCUCUCCAGCAGCGGCACUAUCAACCUCCAGGGGGUGCAGCGGCACGAGGCGCUCCACUCCAUCGGCGACCCGCCACGCAAGGGCUUCGUGUGCCCAAGCUGCGACUCGCUGCACGACACGGCUGACGCGGCGUGGGCGUGCGCAGCGACGCACGGCGUCGAGCACGACAACAAGCGCUGCCUGUGGGAUGGCUGCGGCGAGAGCUUCCGCUCGCCGUCGGCCUACAAGGAGCACGAGCCCAAGCACACGGGCAUCUGGCCCUACCACUGCCCGACCUGCGGCGAGGGGCGGCUCUCGAAGACCAAGGCGGACGGCCACUGCGUGAUCGGCGCCGCCUGCGUCUGCGGCUGGGCGUCGUACGCCGACCGCGGCAAGAGCAACAACGAGAAGGAGCUCGCCACGCACCUCAAGCGCUGCCGGGCGGAGGGCGGGCUCGCGACCAAGGACACCCUGGCCGUCGGCCAGGUCAAGCGCCGCAAGCUCAACGAGGCGGAGUGA